GCUGUAAAAAUACUCCUGCUGAUUCUGGCUGUAUCUGAUCUUGGUGUUGGUUUACUGGUUCAACCUUUGUACAUUACACGUCUUGUCAUGAUGAUAAAAGAAAACGCUCAAACUCGAACUUUUGAGAUUACUUUGAAAUUUUUUUUCUCCACAAAGUGGUUCCUCGCUUCUGCCUUGUUCUUUGGUGUUGUAGCUCUAGCCACAGACAUAUUAUUGGCUCUUCAUCUCCAUCUCAGAUACCAGGAACUUGUGACUCAAAAGCGCGUUGUUUUUUCACCUAGGUAAGUUUUAGACUCUUUUCAGAUUUUCAGAGCGUGCUCUCACUUCCUGAACAGCGGCUGGUAAUCGAGCCUAGGUAUUUUUAUUUAUUUAUUUAUUCAUUUAUUUAUCUUUAUUUUUGUGUCUUACCGUACGUGUGCAAACCGUUAUCUAAAUUCCUUACUGCUGUUGGAUAAUUCAUACAGGUAACGUUGCUCAUAACUAAAUUGUUUAUCGCUGUUCAGUGUAAAAGCGCAAGGUUAGCUUCAUAAAUUAAACGCCAAAAAGCUGUAACUAAAAGUUUUUCAUGAAUUUCAGGAAAUUAUCAGAAUCAAGAAAUUUAAGUUAUGGACACAAAUAUAAUAAAGCGAUAACAAUGUUUUGAGUCAAUUUUUCUCAGCUUAAAUGAAAUUGUUGUUAGCAUGCGAUGUGCUAGCACUUAAGAGUUUCUCUGUAAUGAAAACCAUCUUGUAAAAACUUAAUUUACUGUCAAGCUGUUGUAAAUGUUCUUCUUCAAUGAUAAAUAGAAACUCGCUGAUUCCUGAUACAAAGACUGAACCGUGGGCAAAAGAUACAAGUGCAUACAAAAAUCAGAGUUCACGUUCACAAUCCUUCGCCAAAGGCAACAUUUCAGACGGAACACCCAACGUAAGCGUGAAAGUUAUGACGCGAAAAAAUUGCUAGCUCUUCCUUCAAAUCCAGAUUCAUAUGAACUCAACUGAAACACGGAUGUUCCUUCGGAUGAGUUUGAGCCGAACAUGCCAACUUAACGUUUGUGUGAUAUUGUUGUUAUUCCAAUGGCAUCCCCUGCCUUUGUCCCUUUCGUUCUAUGGCUAUGUGAUAAAUUGGAACGUGCUUUAAAAAGUUUCGCUUAUUAUAUUAAUACCAAAAAUUCUUGGCGGGCAUUAUUUAUUAAUAGUGAAUAGAUUUUCACUUCAAGAAAAGGUCUACAUAGUACCGAAAUGUAAUAGGUCACUGGACUAGUAUAAGGGGACCUUCCACCACCCCUUCGCAAGAGAAAAAUACAAUGAAAAUGAUAUAUUUAUUGUUCCUGAUAAAAUGAGAUCACGUACUGAACCUUAAUAAAAGUAUGGAAGAGAAGACUUCUACGAGACUUUCUUUGUUUAGUCUUUGUAGAGUCAUGGAAGCAAUUUCUACGACCAUUAAAGUAAUAAAUGUAGGAUAUUUUUUGUUAGAAGAACGCCUUCUCAGUAUCCCGUUUAUCAAUUUUAUAAAAGGGAUUCUACUUUAUUGGGAAAAAACUGUAAAAGUAAUUAAAAAAAGACAAAAGACACGAUAUAUGGAAAUCUUUAAUGCCAAAAAGGUUUAACUUUUGUUCCUCACUGAGGAGCAGUUCAGGCAGGUGAUACAGGGUCAGUUUACAAAAUUUAAUUCAUGGAAGAAAUUUAUUUGACUCGUUAUUAAUACGUUAGAGUUUCUCUUUUAUUUUCGUUCAAAUAACACACAAAGAGUUGUAAGGUUUGGGUAAAACAUUAUUUGAGUAAUGAUGCAAGCUCUACUCAUCGCCAACUGUGUCUUUAACGCCUUCUUCAGUUUUACCGCCAUCACACUAAACAUUGUAACAAUAAUCGCUCUGAGAAAACCAUUGACGAUACCAAGAGCUCUAAAAAUAUUCCUGCUGAGUCUGGCUGUAUCUGAUCUUGGUGUUGGUUUACUGGUUCAACCUUUGUACAUUACACGUCUUGUCAUGAUGAUAAAAGAAAACGCUCAAACUCGAACUUUUGAGAUUACUUUGAAAUUUUUUUUCUCCACAAAGUGGUUCCUCGCUUCUGCCUCGUUCCUUGGUGUUGUAGCUCUAGCCGCAGACAGAUUAUUGGCUCUUCAUCUCCAUCUCAGAUACCAGGAACUUGUGACUCAAAAGCGCGUUGUUGCUUUAGUGAUCUCGAUUUGGAUCAUAAGUGCGAUUCUGAUGUUGUUGUCCAUAUGGAUUCCAAAUGCUCUCUGGAUUAUUUUUGUACCUGUUACAAGCGUUUGUUACCUAACUACAGCCUUGUCUUAUUUCAAGAUCUUCUUAGCUGUACGUCACCACAGCAAUCACAUUCACGUCCUGCAAGCACAGCUAGCACAGAAUAAUGGAGGAGACAUGACUAAAGCUGCGAGGGAGAGAAAAGCUGCAGUUGGCACAUUCUACGUGUAUUUGGUGUUUCUGAUUUGUUAUCUGCCAUCCACAUGUUUCUCGAUUAUCCUUAGAAGCGCUGGAUUAAGUACGAUGCUAUUCCAGUUUGGACUUUAUGCUAACACGCUGAUGCUCCUUAAUUCAUCUCUCAACCCCCUGAUCUACUCCUGGAAGAUGAGACAUGUUCGACAUGCUAUCAUGGAAAUACUGAGAAACAUAUUACCCCAUCCACACCAGUGACAAAAGAAAAAGGUGAAGAAACUCGGCAAUACAGUGUAUAUAAAAACUUUAUAUAGACUUGAAUGAAUACUUCAUUUACCUCUUUCAUGGCAAUUUUUUUCACCUAGGUAAGUUUUAGACUCUUUUCAGGUUCUCGUGCUCUCACUUCCUGAACAGCGGCUGGUAAUCGAGCCUAGGUAUUUUUAUUUAUUUAUUUAUUCAUUUAUUUAUCUUUAUUUUUGUGUCUUACCGUACGUGUGCAAACCGUUAUCUAAAUUCCUUACUGCUGUUGGAUAAUUCAUACAGGUAACACUGCUCAUAACCAAAUUGUUUAUAGCUGUUCAGUGUAAAAGCGCAAGGUUAGCUUCAUAAAUUAAACGCCAAAAAGCUGUAACUAAAAGUUUUUCAUGAACUUCAGGAAAUUAUCAGAAUCAAGAAAUUUAAGUUAUGGACACAAAUAUAAUAAAGCGAUAACAAUGUUUUGAGUCAAUUUUUCUCAGCUUAAAUGAAAUUGUUGUUAGCAUGCGAUGUGCUAGCACUAAAGAGUUUCCCUGUAAUGAAAACCAUCUUGUAAAAACUUAAUUUACUGUCAAGCUGUUGUAAAUGUUCUUCUUCAAUGAUAAAUAGAAACUCGCUGAUUCCUGAUACAAAGACUGAACCGCGGGCAAAAGGUACAAGUGCAUACAAAAAUCAGAGUUCACGUUCACAAUCCUUCGCCAAAGGCAACAUUUCAGACGGAACACCCAACGUAAGCGUGAAAGUUAUAACGCGAAAAAAUUGCUAGCUCUUCCUUCAAAUCCAGACUCAUAUAAACUCAAUAUCCGCUUCUUUUUCUUUCUCAAACUGCUGAAAUCUUUUAUCGUUAAUGAAACACGGAUAUUCCUUCGGAUGAGUUUGAGCCGAACAUGCCAACUUAACGUUUGUGUGAUAUUGUUGUUAUUCCAAUGGCCUCCCCUGUCUUUGUCCCUUUCGUUCUAUGGCUAUGUGAUAAAUUGGAACAUGCUUUAAAAAGUUUCGCUUAUUAUAUUAAUACCAAAAAUUCUUGGCGGGCAUUAUUUAUUAAUAGUGAAUAGAUUUUUUACUUCAAGAAAAGGUCUACAUUGUAGCGAAAUGUAAUAGGUCACUGGACUAGUAUAAUGGGGCCUUCAACCACCCCUUCGCAAGAGAAAAAUACAAUGAAAAUGAUAUAUUUAUUUUUCCUGAUAAAAUGAGAUCACGUACUGAACCUUAAUAAAAGUAUGGAAGAGAAGACUUCUACGAGGCUUUCUUUGUUUCACUACGAGCCUCAGCGCUCCGGAAGUUAAAAAAUUCGUACCGUCUGGUUGCUAUGAAGUGACGUAAUCAUCCAGUUGAGUAUCCAUCACCGUAACACUUUUGCGGUCAACUACCGCAGCGCUCGUAAAGUACUUUAAUUAAAACCGUGUUCAAAACCCUGUAGGAAGUCUGUUUAUUUUUGAGUCGAUUAAUGCACUGCUGACUUUCACGAGGUCAACUUUUGCAUAAAUUAUCAAACAUUAUGUUAAGCGGGAAAUCUACCUAUGGUUCGCGGGAGAAGCAACUUCUAUAGCGGCGCAAGACAAAUGUUUCGAGAGUCGAGGAUGUGCUCACAAACUAUUCACUAUGCGACGAAAGGAGAAAUCACUGGCAUGAUAGCUGCAUGUAAAAGUAAUUUUAUCAAUCCAGGUCGCGCCGUGUUCGCUCGAGAACGCUGUGACAACCUCGUUUGGCGCGCUUCUCAAUACUUCCAAAACAUGUUGUAAUCGGUAAGUAGACUUAAGCACUUAGUAUCGCCAAGCCAUUCGAAUCAGUGUAGACCCAAUUCUUUGUCUGAAGAUUCUCGCAAACACAUAUACCAAGUAAAUCUGGAUGGAAGAGGAAAUUGUCUCCCUAAACGCAGCCAGAUUAUAUUUUGAAGGAUGGCGGCACAAUUCAACGCUUCUUCCAGGUCAGCCCUAAUUUAUAGUUCGUAAGAGUAUAAAUUGCGAUCUCCCUAUUAAGCUUUCUUUGAUAAAACUUCAGUAGAAACAAAACAACGCAGACAUGACAUUCUCCUGCAUGAGACACAAUCGGCUGAAGGAAAUAUCUGUUUACAAGUCGGGUAAAUUAUCUAUUCUUGCGCACCGCAAAAUCAGCUAAAAUCAGUCGCUGGAAACCUGGCAUAUUAUUAAGCCUGAGCGCUUCUAAGAAUACCACGUUUAGAACUUCGACGCGUAGGAAAAAAAGGCAGUUGUUCUAUAUCCUUUCUGGUUCAUCCAGGUAGAAGUCCUGGCAUGAUAUAAUUAUGCCUGAGCGCUUCUAGGAUAUAUAACACGUUUAGCAUUUCGACCCGUAGCCGUAAAAAAAAAAUUUAGGCAGUUGUUCUAUAUCCUUUCUGGUUCAUCCAGGUAGAAGUCCCGGCAUGAUAUAGUUAUGCCUGAGCACUUCUAGAAUAUGUAACACGUUUAGCAUUUCUACCCGUAGCCGCAAAAAAAAAAAUUUAGGCAGUUGUUCUAUAUCCUUUCUGGUUCAUCCAGGUAGAAGUCCUGGCAUGAUGUUAUUAUGCCUGAGCGCUUCUGGGAUAUAUAACACGUUUAGCGUUUCGACCCGUAGCCGAAAAAAAGAAAUUAGGCUGUUGUUCUAUAUCCUUUCUGGUUCACCCAGGUAGAAGUCCUGGCAUGAUGUUAUUAUGCCUGAGCGCUUCUAGGAUAUAUAACACGUUUAGCAUUUCGAUCCGUAGCCGAAAAAAAGAAAUUAGGCUGUUGUUCUAUAUCCUUUCUGGUUCACCCAGGUAGAAGUCCUGGCAUGAUGUUAUUAUGCCUGAGCGCUUCUAGGAUAUAUAACACGUUUAGCAUUUCGACCCGUAGCCGAAAAAAAGAAAUUAGGCUGUUGUUCUAUAUCCUUUCUGGUUCACCCAGGUAGAAGUCCUGGCAUGAUGUUAUUAUGCCUGAGCGCUUCUAGGAUAUAUAACACGUUUAGCAUUUCGAUCCGUAGCCGAAAAAAAGAAAUUAGGCUGUUGUUCUAUAUCCUUUCUGGUUCACCCAGGUAGAAGUCCUGGCAUGAUGUUAUUAUGCCUGAGCGCUUCUGGGAUAUAUAACACGUUUAGCGUUUCGACCCGUAACCGAAAAAAAAAAUUAGGCUGUUGUUCUAUAUCCUUUCUGGUUCAUCCAGGUAGAAGUCCUGGCAUGAUGUUAUUAUGCCUGAGCGCUUCUAGGAUAUAUAACACGUUGGCAAUGAAAUCGACCGCAGACUUCAAAAUGUUCUUUUUAGAAGGCACUGAAUUAUUUUUUCCGGACAUUUUGUUUGAUACCGCAUUUUUAAUUAAUUUUAUUUGUCGCCCCAGGAUGAUGACAUGAUUGCGUGAAAAUUGACGCCUCUAUCAUAUUAGAUGCGAAAUACGAUCAGAGAUUAAGGGAAUAGGGAAUGUUGCAAGCUACUGGGUAUCCAGCUGAGAUAGCUGACUUUUACUCAGCUAUCUCAGCUGGAUACUGAGGGGUUUUUUUGGUUGCUAAGACCGUGCAGCUCGUUAUGCAGUGACUGAAUCCCCAUAUUUAUUACACUUCGCAAACCGUUUCUACCGACCUUACUUAAUCAGGCUAAGUCAGUUGUUGAGAGCUUUUCUGCAGAAUUUUUUGCAAUCUCUUCUCCCCGGAGACGUUAAAAAAACGACGUCAGCUUUUUUAAAAGUUAGACGUCUGGUCACUGUUUUACUUUUUUCUGUAAACACUGUACCUUACCGAUAACACUAGUGAUGUAAUUAUUGCGUUUUCCUUCGUAUUUAUUUAGCGAAAAUGUCCUGUGAAAAACGCAGGAAAAUUGCAUUUCUGAGCCCCUAAACUUUCAAAUAUUUUAUGGGGGAGCAUGCCCCCAGACCCCCAUACUUUAAUUUGAGGUGCCCUCGGCGGUCUAACGUAACCUUUCUUUCCGAGCGAACACCUUCAAAAUCUCAAGCUACGCGCCUACCGAAAGCCUGUCCCAUAAAACAGUAACGAAAGAGAGGGAAAAUCUUUUCUUGGGUCAUCCAUCCAUAUUCUACCACUGACUGGACUUAAGACGCAAUAUAAUGGUGAUUAUCGCAAGCCAUAUUCUUUUAAUUAAGAACUGAACUGAAUACCUAGGUAUCUUCCCUAAUCUCCGAUUAUACUUCUAGAAUCUCGAAAAAACAAUAUCAAACUAUCCAUUAAUAAGUAUCUCACAGUCAAAUCGAAAACAAAGCACGUCAUCCCGUGUGAAAUACCUCCAUGGAAAUCCAUGGCAUUCCAUGUAAAUGGAUGGAAAUCCAUGGAAUUCCACGGAACUUCCAUGGAGUAUCCAUGGAGUUCCAUGGAAUGCCAUGGAGUAUCCAUGGAGCUCUAUGGAAUGCCAUGGAGUUCCACGGAGUUCCAUGAAGUAGUGAUGGAGUUCCAUGGCAUGCCAUGAAAUUCCAUGGAGUUUCCUUCGAGGUCCAUGGAAUUCCAGGGUAUAUUGUAGAGUUCCAUGGAAUACCAUGGGGUUCCCUGAAGUGCUGAUGCAGUUUCAUGGAAUGCCAUAGCGUGUCCAUGGAGUUCGAUAGAAUGCCAUGCAGUUUGUAUGAGAAAAUACAUUGAAAUUCAGUAAUCAAGCAGCUCAUCAACUCGUUAACCACAUGUUCAAGUCUGCACUUUUUAUUGGAUAGAAAAAUAGGAAACAUUUGGAAGCUUUCUAAAAGCAAAAUAGUGCAUUUAGUUUAAAUUACACAGACAGUGCAAAAGUAUUGUUCACCGACAGGCGACGCUGAAAGUCCCAGUGUAAGAAAUUUUAUUGCUAACUAUAAAGAGGAAUGUUUUGAGUGCUUAAUAAAAAAAUGAUCCUGUUAAAAAAAAUAAAUAUAGAAAAUUAUUUUUUAGUAAGGCUGUCUGCCAUUUAUCUUUUAAAAGCAGUGUUGCAUUUAA